UAUCGAUUGGCUCUGGUUUGUUUUCCAGCGCAGAGUAGCGCGUUGACGCGUACUUCACAGCGCGUGCUUCGCAGAUUAGAAGCACCACUGGCGCGUGCUGCUACUGCUGGCUCACCUUUCGCGCUCACUCUCGCGCGCGCUUUUACCUUUCUAGCUCACCUCUACCCCGGCCACUUCUUAAAGCAACAAAAAAGGGCCGAGGAGCUGCCGUGAAGGAGCGGAAAUAAAAAGAUGGAGGAAUGCCCGGACUGCGGUUAGCAGCUGGAGGACCGACAAGAGAACCGCUGUCGCAGAGGACUAAGAGCAGGAGGAGGAGGAGGAGAGAGAGGGAAGCAGACGCAUCUCACAUCUGCGGUGACUUUGGGGAUUUCUGGGCAGCGUGAGGAGAAAAAAAAAGGAAGAUACGUUACAUUUUUUUUCUGAUGCUGUUAAAUUCUCCAGCGUGCAAGAGGAAUAAUUACCAUGUGUUUGGAUCAUCGGUGGACCAGCGCGUUAUGCUCUGCAGUUUCGGCAAUUAGGGGGACAUGUCCUUCAAAAUAGUUGCGUCUUUUAUUAAAAAUAAACACUGUUGCCGGGCGUGAUGAAUUCUUCCGCUCCUCAUUUUUAAUCGGAAGCAUCCGCUGGAGUGUUUGGCCACCCGGGGGAGCGGCGAGGAGGACGUUUUUUAGGGGGGUAACGGAGGACGGUUUUAAAGAGGUGAUACCCUCCCCCUUCAUAAAUGCUUGCGUGCCGUUAGUGCUCUCGCUCUCAGUCGACCUCACCCUCUCCUCUCUCUCUCUUUCCCCGCGUCUCACACGCAGGCAGACGCGUCUCAUAUGCAUACACAGACACGGGCAGGACUGGACAUUAUCUCACCCGCACACCGACACAGCAUGCGCGCAUAAUCACACAUAUACACACAAGCCUUUCCUCUCAACCAGCCAGCCCUCCCUCCCCCCACUAUCUGAUGACUCCCCGGUGUACAGGUGGACGUGCAGCGCAACCACCACCAUGUCCUCGUCGUCGCGCAAGAUCUCCUCGGAGUCGUUCAGCAGCUCGGUGGGCUCGGACUGUGGGCUCGAAAGCCCCGGGGGAGACGGAGGGGACGGCGGGUUGGAGCCGGCGGAGGAGAUCCGAGGGUGCCCCUUCUCUUCCUUCCCCUCCUCCCACAGAGCGGUGCUCUGGAACGGCCGCAGCCCCGCCGAGAGGACCGUGUUCCCGGCGGGUGAGGAGCAAGCACCCGGCGGACCCCACAAGAGGGUCACCAGGAGGAGAAGGGUGAACCUCGACUCGCUGGGGGAGAGCCUGAGGCGGCUGACCUCACCCACGACGCAGACUGUUCAGGAAGCUCUACAGCGGACUCUACAGUUCUACAGACAACAGGAGAUCAGGUGUCAGGAAGUUGGAGGGGAGAGACGAGAGGAGAAAUGUCCAUUUCUAGAGAAUUCUGGUUCAGAGGAGGAUGUUCUACAAAUCCUCCAAUACAUGGCCACCAUACUGGGAGUACCAUUCUGUGAGCUGCGAGAGCAUUUUGGAGAGGAGUUCUUUGGUCUCUGCUUUGAAGAAAAUGAACGUGUACUUCGGGCUGUGGGUGGCAACCUCCAGGAUUUCUUCAAUGGCUUUGACGCCAUUUUGGAACACAUUCGCACCUCUACGGGGCGCCGUGCCUCAUCUGAGAGCCCCUCCUUCCAGUGUAAGGACCCUCGUGAGGAGGACAAAGGCAGAAGAAAAUUGGACAAAGUUGGAGAUCAGGCAGAAAGAAAUGGAGGAGGAAAAAUAUUGGUUCUUCAUUGCUUCAACCCUGCCCCUGUUGUCGGGUUGGUCAUGCCGGGGUUGAUCAGAGCUGUUGCCAGGCGUAUCUUUCAUUCACAAGUGGAGGUGGAAGAGGUGCCCCCUCUAACUCCCUUGUUGCCCAAUAAAGAUGCAGAAAACACAGACUGUGACUCGACGACCCCGACCCCGACCGCGUCUCCCACUGCCUCACCCUCCUCAUCCCCAUCCCCUCCCUCUCCUUUCCCGACCACUGCUCCGACAGUUUGCCUCUCCUUCCAAAUCCAGGAGACCAGCCCUCUUUGCAUCUCUUCCCUCCCCAACGCCGCCUCGGCGACCGGUAAACGACCCCCCCUCUCGAUCUCCACCAACCCCAGCGAUCUGCGCAUUGGCCUGGCCACGUUUUGCCGUGCCUUUCCGUUUCACCUUGUCCUGGGGCCUCACAUGGAGCUACUGCAGCUUGGGGAAGGACUGAGGAAACAGACUCGUAUAGAGACUUACCGGAGCCUCUCGUUCAGGGACUGUUUUGAGAUUGUCUCACCUAAGAUGGAUCCCUCAUUUCAAGGCAUCCUACUGAGGCUUGCAUCCCCAUUUACUAUUCGUACCAGGCCUGACACCACACAAGCGGACAUCAAGGAGAAGGUGAUGGAGUUGAAGGGUCAGAUGAUCCAUGUGCCCGAGUCGUGCUCCGUGAUGUUUCUGGGCUCUCCCCGUGUGGAUAAGUUGGAGGAGCUGAUGGGCAGAGGUCUCCACCUGUCAGAUAUCCCCAUCCAUGAUGCCACCCGGGAUGUUAUCCUGGUUGGGGAGCAGGCCAAGGCUCAGGAUGGCCUGAAGAAGAGAAUGGAUAAACUCAAGGCCACAUUAGAGCGGACUCAUCAGGCACUGGAAGAGGAAAAGAGGAGAACCGUGGACCUGCUUUAUUCCAUUUUUCCGGGCGAUGUGGCGCAGAAGCUGUGGCAGGGUCAGCCGGUGCCCGCUCGCAAGUUUGAUGACGUCACGAUGCUCUUCUCAGACAUUGUGGGGUUUACUGCCGUGUGCGCUCAGUGUACGCCUAUGCAGGUCAUCUCCAUGCUGAAUGAACUUUACACACGCUUCGACUACCAGUGUGGCAUUCUGGAUGUUUAUAAGAUUGAGACAAUAGGUGAUGCCUACUGUGUGGCAGGAGGGCUUCACAAGAAGGUUGAUAGUCAUGCAAAGCCGAUUGCACACAUGGCUCUGAAGAUGAUGGAGCUUUCAGAGGAAGUGUUGACGCCUGACGGUAAACCUAUCAAGCUGAGGAUAGGUAUUCACACAGGUUCGGUGCUGGCAGGUGUGGUCGGUGUUAAAAUGCCACGCUACUGCUUAUUUGGAAACAAUGUGACGCUGGCCAGCAAGUUUGAAUCAGGAAGCCAUCCCAGGUGUAUCAAUGUUAGUCCCACAACGUAUCAACUGUUAAAAGACGACCGCUCUUUUUCAUUUGUCCCUCGUUCAAGGCUGGACCUCCCAGAGAAUUUUCCCAAAGAGAUCCCAGGGACAUGUUACUUCCUGGAGGCGGGCACAUCCCACAGUCACGCCUCACUGACCAGCUCUCGCUCCGCUCCUCCGGCCUCUAUGAGGAAAGUCUCCUACAGUAUUGGGACCAUGUUUCUAAGAGAAACAAGUUUGUAGAGCCCAUACACAGACCAGGUUACACAGUUAAUUAUUAUGUUAGUGACUGGAUUUUGAACUUGUGCAGGAAACCAAUUACACAGAUCUUUGGAUAUGCAAAUGCAUUAUUUAAGAAAAACUUUGAUUCAGACCUGUGGGAUGGCCUGUAUGAAUGAAACUUUGAAAAGGCUUUCAUCAUAAGUGAAGAAGAACAACAUGCCCUCGUCUCUCCUGAGCAAAAGAGAUACGGUUCAAAAGACUUAAGGAACAGCUACUGCGCUAGUCUCACAAGGACCCUCCCCCAGGGAAGUGUACUGAUGGAAUCAAUUAGAAGAGAAACCUUAAUAUAAACCUUCAUGAUCUAGCUGGAUUCCUCAGCUCCAGACCUGGAAUCUGGUUCUCUCUGACCUGCGUCUAAACACGGGAAUGCUUGGAGAAAGCCUGGGGAUAGACCAAACAUAUGACCGUAAUUGCACUCAAUAGAAAUGGAACUGCGCAAAUUGAACAAAUCCACUUCCCAUUAACAAACUGGGUGCUGAGUAUAAAGUUGGGUGAAUUUUUGCAAGAUGGCAACAUUGCCAUAAACGUUUGCUGUGCAUCAUGGCCACUUUUACAAGGAUGAUAACAACACAGCAACCCCUUCCUCCCCUUGCAGCUGUCUCUAUGUAACGUCAUGCUUUACCAAACAUACGUCUAACAACUGCUACUUGUUAUAUUAGGAAGCAUCAACCUAGGAGAAGUUGGUUGUGGUCGCGGGUGAUUAAUGAGAGGCACAAAGGAGACAAUUUAGUAGUCAUCUAAGGACAAAUGCCAAAACCACGAGCAUUAGGCUGACUUUAUAGGUCUGUCUGCUUCUAGCCUACUGAAAACUAUAACUAACCCAAGUCCAGCCAUUUCAUUGCAUAUUAUAUGUGUAGGUCUGAAAAUUAUUCCCAGCUCAGUGCCUUUUUAUUGCUCAAAUUUGGACGGAUAUAAGAUUAAUUGAACUAUAUAUAUAUACUAUAGAAAAUAUAGGGAUUGCUCAAUUUAUCUCAUGUUUUAAGUUGUUUUAUGACUUUUUAAAAAACGGUUAAUGACAUGAAAGGAAGAAUGACAUUUGCCAAUGCUUUUAAGCCACUUUUGUAUUUGUUGUACAUUUCACUCUUGGAUGGUAAUGAUUGGUUGGCAAGAUAAAUCAAGCCUUCCUCAAAGAAUUCAGAUAUUUUAAUUUGCAUUCACUCGACUGUGUCCAGAUCCAAUACUACACACUAAAUAGUACUUAUAAUACAGUACUGUGCCAAAUUAUACACUUAGUCGUAGUAUGUGUAUCUUACACAGUUCACACUUACACACAUAACCUGUUUUAAUGGCUUUAUAUUUUUAAUAUACAGUAUGCAGUUCUCUACUAGCCCUAUCAGGUGCAACCACCAGGUUUCAGAUUACGUAGUAGUCUGAGUAUAAUUUGCUCAAGAAAAUCAAGCGAUGUCAAGCAAAUUAAUCUGAGACAGUCUUCAUAAGCUAUCAUCAUGCAGCGGGAGCUGAAGGUUUGAAGUUGAAUAGUCUUUGUAUAUUUGAUAGCCCCGGCAGAUUUGGGUAUUAUUUUAUAGUUGCUUUAAAGUGCUGCCAGUGUUCUUAAACAGUUGAGUAAAAAAAUGUUUAUAUCAGUUUAAAUGGUUGAUUAAGGUAAAAAAAAAUAUACGGGGUUAUAGUUUAAAUUAUAUCGAUAUAUAUUUGAUGUUAAAUGAAAUGUUUUUAUUAUGAUAUGAAGGGAACAGAGAUAACAGCCUAAAUGAAAUUAUUACUAAUGGAUGGCCCCCAACAAGCAAAAAACAAGCAUAAGAUCUGUUAUUUAAAUCCAAAUGAGCGGUACUCAUUGCUUCCUUUCCAUGCUUGACAACAUCACAUUAUUGCUCAUGUUGCUUUAAAUCUAACUUACUUAAUAAACUGAUAAUAACAUCUGUUCCGAAAGAAAAGAAUGGCUUCGUCACUGGUUUACUCCUGCACAGAUUAUAGUUCAUAAUUUUAAUAGAAAUAGGAUGUCGCAAAUUCACUACAUCUUGCCAAAUGACAUUCUUGUUGCUUGAACCCAACAAGAUAAAAUAAAAAAGUGCCAAAUGUGUAUUUAGACACGCCCGAACACCAGGUUUUAUUCCUGCUUUCCACAUCUUAAUAGCUCGCGGUAGUAGCAGGGAGGAAAAACAACGGUUACACAUUGAAACCCAUUGAUAUAAGAGAUCCAAUAACAAAUACCUUUUCUGCCCUCUAACUUAGACAUUCACCAGCACAACUAUGUGUUGUUCCAAACUGAUGGUAAUGGUGUUAAGAGGGCAAACAGCACAGAUUUCCUUUUAAACUGCCAGUGUUCAUUAUUGCCAUAAAAUUCUGUCAGCAGAGUCUCAGAUGGGAGGAAGCAUUACAAAGCAAUGAAGGCUUGCACAUUUUAAUUUAAUUUAAUUUUUUUUUACGUGUCACCAUCAUACCCACAUUUCCUAUUAACAAAAACGACUAUUUCUAAAGUGUAUGCUAUGCAGUAGAGGGCUUACAGUUGGCUAGACAAUAAACACAUCAGUCAAAAACAUGGCAGCGUAGCUUUUUGCCUAAAAAAAUAUUACGA